AUGCUGCAAUUUUAUAGGGAAGAUAACGUAAACCCCGACUGGCAGGAUCUUCCCGAAGCGAAAGGAUUGAAUAAAGACAAUCCCAUGCUGAGUGCGAGGGGACGUAAACAGGCAAGAGAAUGUGCAGCAAGAUUUCGUGACAUUAACUUAGCUCAUAUAUUUGCGUCCCCCUUUGAUAGAACAAUGGAAACUGCAUCGAUCAUUGCGGAAGGCAAGGAUAUGCUCGUAAAGCCAGAAGCUGGGCUGUGUGAAGUCCUUACUGAGUGCGAUGAUCCGCCUGGUUUCUGGAACACCGAGAGGUUGAAGCGCAAGUUCAUAUGGGUGGAUACUGAGUAUGAACCGGUUUAUGUGAAGGUAUCAGCUAAUCCACGUAUCCAAAAUUCAAGUAUUAGCGUGUGUUUAGAUACAUUCUUCUGA